AUGAGUGCUUCUGGCUUUUCAUUAUCUUCAACUGCCGAAGAGGUUACUCAUGGGAUCGAUGGAACUGGACUCACUGCGAUUAUCACAGGAACAACCAAUGGUAUUGGCACUGAGACAGCACGAGUUCUUGCCUUGCGUGGUGUUCAUGUGAUUAUGGGAGUAAGAAACCUUAUCGCUGGAAAAAAUAUCAAAGAAGAAAUAGUUAAGGAGAUUCCAACAGCUAAAGUUGAUGUUAUGGAGUUAGAUCUCAGUUCAAUGGCAUCUGUAAGAAAAUUUGCAUCAGACUUCAAGUCCUCUACUCUUCCAUUGAACAUUCUCAUAAACAAUGCAGGAAUUUGUGCACCUGUUUUCGCAUUGUCGAAAGAUAACAUUGAACUACAAUUUGCUACAAAUUUUUUAGGCCAUUUUCUUUUGACAAAUCUUUUGUUGGACACUAUGAAGAAAACAACAUGUGAAAGCAAUAAAGAAGGAAGAAUUGUUAAUGUUUCAUCUGAAGGUCACAAGUAUAUAUAUCCUGAAGGAAUUAUUUUUGAUAAAAUUAAUGAUGAAUCAAGUUACCAAAGAUGGAAAGCAUAUGGUCAAUCUAAACUUGCUAACAUUUUACAUGCAAAUGAACUUGCAAAACAUCUCAAGGAAGAAGGGGUAGAUAUUACUGCAAAUUCUCUUCAUCCAGGAGCCAUAUUCACGAAUAUUGUAAGUUCCGAGGUUGGUCAAACUAUCCCAAAAGGUAUGCUUAAUGUGCUUGGGGAAUUUGUAAUUAAAAGUGUCCAGCAGGGAGCAGCAACAACAUGCUAUGUAGCAUUGAACCCUAAAGUGAAGGAAAUUAGUGGAAAAUAUUUUUCUGAUAAUAAUGUGGUUGAACCAAGCUCUCAGGGGAAAAACAAUGAUUUGGCAAAGAAACUAUGGAAUCUCAGCAUGAAAUUAAUUGAAUAG